GUAAAGCAGGGCUGCAUGUGAUGUGACACACAGAGAGCUGAGGUGUUUGCGCGCAAGCAGACGGUGAAAUUUCGGUUGAAGGAGCCUAUGGGCAUCGAUCCUCGAUCACGAGUUCGAACAAGGGAGCUGAUCGAGUUUCGUUGCGAUCCGCGAACGGAAUAGAGGAAUGUCCUUGCUGCGACUAGCGCAUGCCGAGGUCCGCGCAGCGCGCAAUCUGGAGCGCUUUUGGAUGAUGGAGACUUGAGCAUGAAUCUCGCGAGCUCGAGAAAGUAGAGUGCGGGAAACAGAUCGAGGCGAUUGAGACGAUUGGACCGAUUGUGUGAACUCGAGCCGUGAUAUGGAGCAAUUGCAUUGGCCUGCUGGAGAAUAUUGGAGACUACACCAGCAGGAGCGUCACGGGUUCAGCAUAAUAUGUCAAGGGCUGCAGCAUAUAUAAUUUUCUCCUCUGUGCUGGGGAGAGAUAUCAAAAACCAGAUGAGCGCGGACAAAUGUGGUUUGAAAUGGAGGGCUGUUCUUGAGUAGAGGAGUGUACAGACGCUUGCAAUCUCGAUGUCGAUGCCGGAUAUAUUCAUGUCUCUUUCCUUUGAGGUGGCUACCGUUGAAGCAGAAAGGAAUGUGCUUCUUAGAGAAUUGGAAGCAGGCAAGGAACAUUAGGAGUGGUCGUGAAAUUCAAGAUAUCAAUCCGGGAGACGAUUUGAUGCAGGAACCGUGGAGUUUGUAAUAGGUGUAGACGCCACGUUGUGGGAGGAGGCUCGAAAAGCAUGGGAGGGUGCGUUUCCACUCCUGGGAAAUCCAAGCGUCGGCGUACUAGAAAUGCUUUUGCAAAAGCCCGGCGAGGAUCUAGAGGAUCCGCUAACUUUGUCAUACCCGUCAAUCAAUCAUCCCUGGAUGUUGCAAAUCACAAGUACGAAAUAGGGCAUAAUGCAAAACGGGAGUUCGCUGACGGUGGACCAGGCAAUGCCUUUUUGCUUGAACGGCCUGUACAACAAGUUAACGCAAAUGGGCACGGGCAUCCUUACUUGGAUCAUCAGCAUUCUGGAGCAGGAAAUUCUCAUGGAAGCAAAGAAGAGAAAUUCUUUGAAACAGACGUGUCAUUCAACUCAGAUGAUGAGUACAUGAGUGUUUGUGGUGAAUUUUCAAAUUCAGCUGGUAACAGCCUCUCAUAUCCCUCGAACAAUGCAACCGCUGGCCACCGGCCCUCCAUAGCAGAAUUGCAGGUUGGAAUGGCGCAGGCUGACAAACAUUUCGGUGUUUCUUCUGGAAAGGUUAUCUCUUCAACAUACCAUGCCAACGAUGAAGGGAUACCAAAUGGGAUAGCUGCAUUAACGGGUACUACCCCAGAGAGCUUCAAAGUCGGCAGUAAAUCCUUGGAUCGUUCACCAAGAAAGAGCUUUCAGUCAACAUCCGCAGAGGAGAAAAGCAUUGCCAACCGAGGAAAAUUUGAAAAGUCUGUGUCUGAUCUUCCGGGAAGAAAGGUCAUCAUUUCAGAUACUUCAUCUGGACGUAAUUCUGCACCCGUCGCACCUUCAGGGACCGGAGGAAGUCCGAAGGCCAGUGAAUAUAGAGGGGUCUUUGAUAACAUGUGUAUACCCCGCUUACGGACAACUAUGACCCAAAGCAGAAGCCGUCCUAUCAGUCCUCGGAACUUUAAGAAGAAGAGCAGUCUGAUGAGAUUUUCAUUCAAGCGUCACACCUCUACGGAACAACAUGACGAUCAUGAAGAUGAUCCCGAUUCUUCCGCGAGAUACUUCAUUGAGAGACCACUAGCUGGAUCUCAGGUGCCACGAUGUUCCUCCGACAAACCUGUAGAUGGGUGCUGGUCUGAGGUGGAGCCUUCAGUAUUUAAGCUCCGGGGAAAGCACUAUUCAAAGGACAAGAAGAAGUUUGCUGCUCCAAACUAUUCUCUGUUUGUUCCAAUAGGAGUCGACCUAUUUAUGUCAUCGCAGAAACUUGACCAUAUUGCGCAGUAUGUGGAGCUCCCAUCCCAAGAUGUUGCACUUGGAGCAGAUACGCUUCCAGGUGUUUUCAUCGUCAAUGUCCAGCUUCCAUUAUACCCACCUGCAAUUUUUAUGGGCGAUGGGAAUGGUGACGGAUUGAGUCUAGUUUUAUAUUUCAAGCUUUCAGAGGAGUCAGUGAAACAAGCACCUACCUUCGUGAAGGAUAUGCUAAGGAAAUUUGUGACCGAUGAGGUGGAGAAAGUGAAAGCUUUUGUAGGAGAGUCACACCAUCCUUUCAGAGAUAGGUUGAAAGUCGUUGCGCGGUUGGUCAAUCCUGAAGAGAUACAUUUCAGUGGAGCUGAAAAGAAGCUUCUUGUGAACUACAACGAGAAACCUGUUUUGUCUCGACCGCAACAUUUCUUUUAUAGGGGGGCAAAUUACUUAGAGGUGGACUUGGACGUUCACCGAUUUAGUUACAUCGCGAGGAAAGGAUUUGAUACGUUCAGAGAACGUUUAAAACACUGCGUUCUAGAUAUCGGUUUGACACUUCAGGCGACAAAGCAAGAUGAGUUACCAGAGCAGGUGCUAGCUGCUGUGAGACUGCACAAGCUUGACUUUGGUGACUACAAAGUCAUGCAGGCAGGUAGUACUGUCGCCUCCGUGAAAUCUGAAGACGUAAAUGGUGUGCCCGGCUCGCCGUGAAGGUAACGUGUUGUAGGCAUCUAUCUCAGUGGAUUAAGAGACUUAACUUAACUUUUCAUACUCGCAGCUGUCGAACUGAACUAACGACAGUUCAUGAAACAAGCAAAUUGCAAUCAACCGAAACUGUUCGACUGCAAUCAGGUUAAUGCAGGCGACAAGGUUUUGAUGAUCAUCUUGUGGCAACAAGUUUCUGAUCAAUAACGGUAGGUCAAUAAAGAAAAUUUUGUAUGGUAUUGUGGCGUGUUUUCAACGCGUCACUUCAUUCUUUCUUCACUGCUCCCAUACGUCGAGCGAGAAGUGUACAGCAUGAACCUGGAAAAAUGAAUAGUGAAAGAGCUCUGAUGGUUCGUGACGAAAUUACUACACACCGCUCUGAAGAUUGACUAUAUUCUUUGGGUGGUUGAGUGUUUAUGCGGUAGUUCAAGUUUCGGAUACAUGCAUUUGGUUCUGCCUUCUGAGGACAGAAUAUAAAUUUUGUUGCUGGAUUGUAUCAGCCUUCUGCUCAGAUUUCGUCCCGUUGGGGUUUUUUUUAACAAUCGUUUCAGUUAUGUGUUGUCAUUUGGAACGGCAAACUGUUCCUUCUACAAGUAGCUCUUUCUUUUGUAAUUAUCAAAUUCACGUUCCAGACUGUAGCGAUUGUAUUUUGCUUCCUCCAAUCUUUCCAGCUGUAUUCUGGAAGAUUUUAGUCCCAAUUUUAGUAAAUGUUAUCGACCAGCACUUGUAGGACUUGACAGUAAAUAAAGGAUUCAAGGGAUAAAAGCAGAAACUGGUCUUCUUUGAUCGUUCUGUGCAAUAUUUUGUAACUUCGUGCUGUUAAAAAGUUCUUCUGCGCUAAUGGGAUUGGAAUCUUUAUGGUUUGUUUUUUCUUCUUGUUUUUUCUGUUUCAGUCUAAGUGUAAAUGAAGUCUUUUUGAGUUCUUGUACAAUUCUUCACCAAGUGUGAAUGAUUGGAAGUGCGUUAGUAUUUCAAACCCGUGAGGUUUGUUGCAAAACUUGAAUAUAAACAUCGUGUGUUUGCACUAGUCAUAAAAAUCGGGAAUCCGUUUUGCACAAACACCAAACGGAAUCAUGACCGGUAAUUGCUAGUUUUCUGAGCAACGUGUUUCCAACCUGUUGGUGCUAUCGUAAUUUCUUACGGAGAGCGUGGUGAUCCCUAUAUGGUAGAUAUUUUUUAUUUCAGACACAGAAUUCUACAUCGCUCUUGCAUGGAAAACACAUGGCCACACUGGCAGCUCCGACUUCCCGGUCAAGUUCUAGUUCCAAACAUUGUUUCUGAGUUGACAACGAGGACACGUUCUAAUCACUCGGGUGUUAGCAAGGGACACACCGUGACUUCAUGCUACAUUCUAUCAAAGACCCGGCCGCGCACCAACAAAAGAUAAAACAGUGACGGAGAAUCUAUUCCUUUGUCAUGGUCAGCACGCCGAAGAUUGGCGACGUUUCUUGAGGUUAGAAACAGUAUGCAUGAGUGUUCAACAGCGAGGCUAGAAUGUGCACGAGGGCAGCAAGUGAGUUUUUAGAUGUAGCAUAGUUACAUUUUGUAACUUAAGUUCUCACCGCGAUUACAGGUCGUGACUGGAACGAAUUUCUUUCUAUGCAGUAUUUUCUCUAUCUUCCUCCUGUGCCUACAAAUGGAGAAAACAGAUUGCUGCCAGUCACGUUGGUAAGCGGGUCCAUCGUCCCAGUUGCCAUGAUCCUAUUUGAUGUCCAGCCCAGUGAGAUGGAGUGUCAGAAAGCUAGACCAGCAGGAAAUACAAUGUGUUACACAAGCAGUGAGAAAGGGCUAAGUGGCUAUAUAAUAGAUGGGAAGAAAUAAAACAUGUGGUUUCAUUUCCAGCUAUAAACUUUGAGGCGAACUCUCGUUACUUUUGCACAUGGGAGAGAAAUGCUCGUGGAGCCCUCUGCACAUCGAUAACCGCAAUGACAUGCGAUGCCAGCAACUUUACGCCAAAGGAGCUCCGAACUUCUCUCGGCUGCUCGCCGGCAUUCCCAGUGACAGAACCUUGUGCGUGGAGUGUGUCCAGCCGAUUCUCCAAGAGUACAACUCACAGCCCUCUUCUUCUUCUUCUUCUUCGCUGAUCCCUUCAAUAUACCACCGCCAUUUUCAAGCAGCUAGCAAAAUAUGGCUCGCCCAAUCGCCCGCCUUAGCUUUCUCAAGGCAGCGGGUUCAUGUCUGCCUUGUGAGAUCAGGAUGGAGAGGCUGGAUAGACUCUCUCUUUAGUCACGGUAGGUCGGUGACCCGAUGAAUGCAGCUCGACAUCUGCUUCCGCUCACUGAGCUGCAAAUGUGACUCACGUUUGAGACCAUUACGGGAACCUCUUGGAUCGAUGAAUAUUCAUCACAGCAAACUGAAUUCAGCGGUAGCUGAAUGUGGAAGAGGCGACUUGACUGCGAUACCCAAAAGCGAAAUGUACCUCAAUAUCAGGCACCGCGAUCUGACUGAUCUCUGCGGAUACCUUGAAUCGAAACAGCAGUAAGUCUUGUUGUGCAACAGGAUUAUGCAGAUUCGGUCCAUCUUGUAAUACAACUGCAGUAGGAACGUGCUCAUUGCAGCACUGGAAUGCUUUGCUCUACAACAAACCAGUUUACAGGAGAUUUACAGAUGCCAUGACCAUACCAAAGCACGACGAGCCCAUGCAAGAGGUGACUAUCGGGUCUCGCGCCCCCCGGACCUGCCGGGAGAGGGCGUUCAACAAUCUCGAACCGAUAGAGAAUUUGUUUUUCGUCUCGGAGAUUGGGGCCUCACCCGUCAGCAAAUCUAAUUCUUCCCUGGCAUGGAAACUGCAGAUCCUUGCAUCACCCUGUGGACUCGACUCGACUCGACUCCAUGGGGUCUCAAGACCGGUCAAGUGGAGCUUCAGUACAGAGUUCCUUGUGACAAACUCCAUAACAGAAAAGGGACUAGUUACCACAACUGCUAGUUCCAUGUACCUUUAUCACAAAGAUUGUCAGAGAAAGUAAAAUAUAUUGGUAAUGGAG